GCUGUUAGCUGCUGGCAGCUGGAGUGUGCUUGUAGGAAUUAGCUGUUUUUGUCACAUUCGUGCCUGCUCUGAACUAUUGUAUAUUAUUCUAAAUUUAACCUGCGUUAGAGGCGUUAUUUGUGUAGGCGACAGUAUGUCGACGGGAUCUCAGUGAGACAACGAGAUGGAGCGAAUACAUUCAUGUCCAGAUGGACGCCAACCACGUGGUAGUUAACACGGUUGCCGCUGCCGCACCAAAUCAUGUUUCAAAUCACAAUAGUUUAUUAAAACCCAACUAGUUUCCACUGAGCGCCAUUAAUAACCACUUUCUGGAUGGAUGUAUGCCCUUUGGGUUCGCCCAGCAGGUUUUCGGCUUCGGUAUUUGCGUGUUUAAACAGCUGCUCCCUGUAGCGUGCGACGUUGUCAUGUGCUAAAAUUAGCUUAGCUUGGCUAGCAAGUCAUAUGUCGCUGCGCACUUUAAGUGGCAACCGUGUGGACUGUGAUUGGGUUUCUUUACACCUGUGUUCACGACAUUUGUAUUAUUUAAAUAUGUCGCUCGACACAAGCGAGGGUACACACAUGAGUAUAUCUGCCUCUAACUAACAGCAGACAAAGCCUCAGCUCGAUGCUAAUGGCGUACAGCAUUGUUCUCGGUGCCAGGGGGGCCUGCUGCUUCUGCAGGUGGUGUCACAUUUCACUAACCGCUACCGCUCGAAGACGCGCCCCCUAGCGGUAGAAAUGAAAGGAAGCGUAUUUCUCCAGAAUGUGACGUCAUUCCACAGCUGGCUUGUUGUUUUUAAAUCUCUUUUCUGAGAUUUGUUUCAGCCAAGUUGGUUGUAUGUUUUUGUAGUUAUUCUGAACUAAACAUGCUUUGUUUAUAUUAGCAAAACAUUAUAUGAAUAAACUGUCUAAUCUAUUCAUGGAUGUAAAACCUUUUAAAAGUUGUAAUACUGGCAAAAUUGCCAACUUUUAACAAAAUGUAGGUGUUGCCAUAAAGUGUUGGCACAAUAUGUGAGUCUUAUACCUUCGUGGUUAGAGUAAAUCUCAGUUAAUUGACCUGGAACUGUUUUCAUUGCAUUUGUUACUGUAAAAUAUUCACGGCAACAGAAAUUGAGUGUGCAUUAUUUUUCAAAUGAAACAGUGUUGUUGCUUUGAGCUACAAAAUAUUCAAGUUUAUUUUUUACACAAGUCAGCCAUGUUAGGUUUUGAGGUCAAGGUUGGUAAGAAACCAAUUCUUUUUCCACACACAACUUCAAAAAUCCAAUAUUUACUUUUUCAAAUGUCAUUCAGGGUGAUGUUACUUGGCAAUCUUAUUCUAAAACAAUUGAAAAAAUGUAUGUCGAAUAUCAAUUUUUAUGGAUCUUGGGUUGUUUUUUUACAGGUAUUUGAAAACAAUGAACCAACAAACUAUGGAUGAUUUUUCUUUUAAACCCCAAAAGAAACUUAAGCAAGCUUCUGUUGCACCAGAAUUCAGAAAUUACACAAAAAUGCAAUUUGCAGCUUUAAUUCCCAAGGAAUAAAAUAAAACUCAAGGGUACGAAUAUUAAAAAAUUGCUUAUUGAAAGUGUUUUUCACAGAAAUUCUCCAGUGAGGAGAGUCUCUUUAAUCAGUGAAGGUAUUGUAGGUGGAACCUGAUAACUACAAGUUUGUCACCUGCUCACUCUUCUUUCUGAGGAAAAACCCAAGUUAAAAAACAACAAACUCAAAUUCACCUUCAAGUUUCUGUUUAAAACUUUAAGAAAUGUUCCUUUUUUUAAAAAAACAAAAAAACGUUUAAUUAUUCCAGAUUUCCCUGCUGUAGAAGCUACUUGAUGUCAGUGAAACUGAGGCCUGUAUUAAAAACCGACUGAAGUUUCUCACUCAGACAGCAGAGCGCGGCUGCUCGGCGUCGCCUGCGAGCUUUUACAGCCACGUGAACCGUGUCGCUUCUGACCUUCUGACUUCAACUUUGCAGAUCCGGUUCUUCAGGUUUGUUGUGACCGUUUAUGUCGUUAGUGGUGCCCCCGCCCCCUCACAGUAAAUAAGAGCGAGGCUUUUUACUAUCCCGGCGCUGUGAGCUCGAGAGGGGCAGCAAGUUCAGCCAAACUCGUGACCUCUGGAGCCAGACGUCAGGAAUGUGAAGAGGUCACCAUCAAAGUUAUAAGUUAAAGCCUGGCGAACAUCCCCCUCAGUCCGGAGACGGCCCAGGACCAGGAGAGACGGAUCCGUCGGGAAAUCGCCAACAGCAACGAGCGGCGGCGUAUGCAGAGCAUCAACGCUGGAUUUCAGUCCCUCAAAACACUCCUGCCACACACAGACGGGGAGAAGCUCAGCAAGGCCGCCAUCCUUCAACAAACAGCGGACUACAUCUUUACCUUGGAGCAGGAAAAAACCCAGCUGCUAACCCAGAACAACCAGCUCAAGCGCUUCAUCCAGGAGUUUAGCGGCUCCUCGCCCAAAAGGAGGCGAGCCGAGGAGAAGGACGAAGGCAUCGGGUCUCCGGACACGCUGGAGGAGGAGAAGGUGGAGGAGCUGAGGAGGGAGAUGAUCGAGCUGCGGCAGCAGCUGGACAAGGAGCGCUCGGCUCGCAUGCAGCUGGAGGAGCAGGUGAUCUCAGCUGUGCGGUCUCUGGACGGCCAGCUGCACCCAGAGCGUCUGAAGGUGAUCACCCAGCAGGUGGAGGAGGAGCAGGCCCUCAUCCAGAGCCAGACGCUGCUGCGGCUACAGCAGAUCCACGCCGCCGCCGCCGACAGACAAACACACAGUCCUCAGGUGCUGGCUCCGCCCACUCCGCCUGCCCCAACCCACCACCCCACUGUCAUCGUCCCAGCUCCAACACUAAACCAUCAUGUCACUGUGGUGACCAUGAGCCCAUCUGUCCACACCAGCACCGUGUCCACUUCCAGACAGAACCUGGACACCAUUGUGCAGGCCAUCCAGCACAUUGAGCGCACCCAGGAGAGAAGAGGCAGCUCCGAGGACGAGCAGAGGAGAGCAGUCAUCGUCAGCCCCACCCACGUCGCCAUGGACACUGCCUGCUCGGACACAGACACGGACACGGAGGGUGAAGAUUGUUUGAUGAACUGACCCGCCCCCACCCUGAACUCCUGCCUAUCCCCGCCCCUCCAACACGCACACAAACACUUAAGACACCCUACUCACUGUAAGAUUCCCUCCAGGAGCUUGACUACUCAUGUUAAUCUGUCUUUGGCAUUACCUAAACUCCUAAAUCCAGUGGUUUAAGCUCUGCGUCAAGUUUUGUACUGUAAUUUUUCAGAGUAUUGAAGAGGUAGGAAGGUCAGCGUGCAGGAUCCAUUGGAUCUCUGCAGCUACUUGAAUAAUCAAACGGUCUACUUGUAGAAAAAAAGAAAAAAAAAGGCUGUCUGCCCCGUUGUUUCUCGUUUGUGCGUGCUCUCCAUAUAGUCCCAGAAUCAUCGUCGCCCUCUUUCUGUCACUCCUGACAGUGCAGCUACAAUCUAAUGGAGUCAAUUUAUCAGAAAGAUGAAUGUAACGACACAAUAAGCAAGGAGAUCCUUAUUCACAUGUUUUGUUUGUCGUAUAUUUCUGGUGGCUGUCAAAUCUUAAGCUAUUAAAUACUAAAUUUAAAAAUUUGAACCUA